AUGAACAUUAUCGAAGGUCAGCUCGAAAUUGUUUUAAGUCUAGUCAGCUUCAGAACCAGUAGAAAAGAAGCCGCAAUUGUCAUGCAACUCGAAAAUUGGUGCUAUGCUAAUGGGGCAUUGAGUGGCACCCAGGACGUUCUAGGUCCUGGUGGUUGCGCCAUUCUCGCCUCCAGCGAAGAAAAGGAACAAGCAUUUCCACCGGUUGCGCCAACCUAUAUUGUAGAAUUGCGUUCACAGAGUAAUUCUCCCCAGGACGUCCACAGGAAAAUGAGGCGGUGGAUGGAAGGCGGUGUUGAUUUUACGGCGCGAAUGGGAAUGAUUUUUCCUGAUGAUCAUGUGAAUGCUGAAAUAAAAAGGCAAGAGCACUGGAACCUGCCGACGAUUCCAAACGAGAAGCUUCAUUGCUCUGGGGAUCAAACGCGUCGUCUCAAAAAUGACGAUUCAUUCCCGGAAGAGCUAACGUACCAUUCAACAUUUGCUGGCAGAAGGCCAUAUCUGCGAGGACAUUAUUCAAAAAUUCAUUCAACAUUUUCACCCGAAACGAAUCAAAACACUGCUGCUUCUAAUACUACUGAGGCGAGUACUCCAUUCUCUUCCGAGUAUUCAUCACCUAAACAAUCGAAACGUCCUUUGCAAGACAUGGCAAUCAAUGUUCAGUCCGACUUUUGUUCAACAUUCACCGUCGGACCUCCAGUGCACAAUACUCAUACAAUACUGACAGCGGCUCGUCUCCGGCAAUUGCAGCGCCUCUUAUCGCAGAACCCAUUAACGUCGAACCUUAUACGAUACCUACUUUGGACAACUUAUUCCAGAUCAAGACGUCAGUUGGAACUAAACAACAUACACAAGUGCGAGACCAUGGGCAAAUCGUCUGCCACUUUACCAGAUGCAACACACGCUGACACUAGUACUAGUGACUCUUCUGUAACAAUCGAAGAUUUUAUUAACCGAUUUCGACGCGAAAGCAUGCUGGAAAAGGUAUAUUGCUCCAUACAUGAUGAAAAACUAGAAACUGCUUGGGAUGAUACAAUGGAAGAUACAAUGCAGAUACCUGUCCCUCUCAAUUACCCAGUCAAUUAA